AUGGCUCUGUCGUCUGUUAUGAAAGACUCGGCGAAGGCGGCGCCACUGAACGAUACCGACACUGGUGCUGGUGCUGGCGCCGCGAAGCAUGGGAUGAGAACAAACGCUUCUGCACCUCCGACUGUGGGAACUACAUCGGACCCUCCUAUACCCGAACCAUACACAGCCGCCGACGCCGACAUGUCAAGAUCAACCACUGCGAAGGACUCUGACAGCGUUGACCACACUGCUGAAUUCGAUGGUGAUCUGAACACAAACGACACAAUACCCUCGCAGGUUGUGUUGAAGAAGAUCGAGGGCCUAGUUGUAUUGGACAAAGAUGGGAAAGCCAUUCCAUUCAAGGAUCUAUAUAAUGGCCCUAAUGUGGCAAGACGCAUCUUGGUGAUAUUCAUACGGCACUUCUUCUGCGGAAACUGUCAGGAGUUCAUUCGCAGUCUGGCUGCCUCUAUAACGCCGGCCGAUCUCCUCCAGCUGCCUACUCCCACCUUCGUCGUAAUUGUGGGAUGUGGCUCACCAUCCCUGAUACCCAUGUGGCAAGACCAAACGUCGUGCCCUUUUCCGGUAUAUGCGGACCCCACCAAGAAGCUCUACGACGAGCUCGGCAUGAUCCGGACGUUGAACCUUGGCACGCGGCCUGAAUACCAACGGAAAGCGCUCAUGAGUCUCGUGACCGGAAGUUUCGUACAGGGCCUGAAAAUGUUAAAGGGGGGAAAGGCUUUCCAAGGCGGCGCCUUUCAUCAAGUAGGCGGAGAAUUCAUGUUCGAACCUAUCAACAUGGCAACACCCAUUUGCAGCCCGGAUGUUGCGAACGAGGAUGACGAGAGCAAGAAGCUAGGAGAAGAACGCAGUUACGUCGAGGAGAAGAGGGUUACCUGGUGUCACCGGAUGCGAAAUACACGGGACCAUGCUGAAAUCCCAGAGCUGCGAGAGGUGCUUGGUCUGGAUGGGGCAGGACUCCCUGGGGGGGAUUCCAAGAGAUGGGGCAAGGCCCUUCGAGCGCGGAAGGGAACUGGACUCAGUUCUCAAUCGAGCCUCAGUGAUCAUGCGAGUCAGCACCGUCGAAAUUUAACAUCCGAUAGUUAA